AUGCUCUAUAUUCGUGCACUUUUUAUUGCUAUCACCACUGCCGUCAUCGGAUUGGUUUUUGCACAAGUGGCCGCAGUUGGCACCAAGUUGCCUGUUUUCUUCUUCCAUGGUGCCACGGGUAACGCAACCAAUGGUGCUGUGAUCGGGGCAAAAUUGACUGCCGAUGGACGCACGUACAUCGCACUCGAUUUCUGCUCGAACGCAUGUUCUAUCCACACGGCCCUCUCCAAGCAGGUGCAAAUGGCUAUGAAGCAGCUGCGCGGCAUUGUCACCAAGGAUGCUGCCACCUAUGCUGACGGCUAUCACUUCUUAGCACAUUCACAGGGCAGUUCCAUUGCUCGUGGUGUGAUUGAAGAGAUGGACGAUCACAACGUGCAUUCGUUCAUCAGCUUGGCUGGUGAUGGCAACGGUAACUUUUUCGGUCCUCAGGCGUCUGAUGCCAUUCCUCUCCAGGUUAUGCUACAGGCUCUGGGCCCUUUUGCUAUCGACAAGGCUGACUUCGACUUCUCCAAGUAUGAGGAUGAUCUUGUCUCGUGGAAUGGAAAGUUUCAGCGCGACUUGGUUGAGUUAGUGACGACGAAUACGAAACUGCAAGGCAAGAGCUCUAUCGCUAAUAUUAUAAAUCCUCCUCUGGAUGAUUAUGCUCUUACGAACUGGCUGAGCAUUAAUCCGUUCCUUCCAAAGGUGAACAAUCUCCAGGACUGCGGUGCGGACUCCACCUGCAAAGCUGCCCAGAAGCGUCGCAAGGCUAACUUUGUCAAACUCAAAGCCGCUCACUUCCUCGCCUCGCCUCAAGACGACAUCCAGUCCCCGUGGCAAAGCUGUCUGUUGGGCAAGUACUCAACUGUUGCUACAGUUGAUGAAGUUGCGACUAAGUUUGCUGACUUAACCAUUGUCGCCAUGAAGGACACUGUGGAGUACACUCAAGAUCUGUACGGUCUGAAGACCCUAGACACUGCCGGUGGCCUCCACAUUCACGAGGUAGCUGACGUCUCGCACGACUGCUGGCUAUUCGACUACAACUCAGUGGCCUCGGGCGUUGAAUGCAAACACGCCCCUGUGUUUGAUACUAACGUCUAUCCUCUCCUCAUAUGA